UAUCAUCAUCAGUUUACUGAUUCAGAACGAGAUCCACAUAGCCCUAAGGAAGGUUUUUGGUUUAGUCAUCUUCUGUGGAUUUAUGAUUCUGCAUAUCUCGUUAAAAAGUGUGGAAGAAGAACAAACGUCGAGGAUUUGAAGAGGCAAUGGUUCUAUAGGUUUCUUCAAAAAACGGUGCUGUUUCACAUUCUAGGACUUGGUAUCAUUCUCUUCUAUCUUGGUGGCAUGUCCUUCGUAACUUGGGGGAUGGGGAUAGGAGCAGCACUAGAGGUGCACGUGACUUGUUUCAUAAACUCGCUUUGCCAUAUCUGGGGCACUCGAACUUGGAAGACCAAUGAUACUUCUCGUAAUGUUUGGUGGUUAUCGGUGUUUUCGUUUGGAGAAAGUUGGCACAACAAUCACCAUGCGUUCGAGUCGUCGGCGAGACAGGGGCUUGAAUGGUGGCAAAUCGACAUAUCUUGGUACAUUAUUAGGUUUCUUGAGAUUAUCGGUUUAGCAUAUGACGUGAAACUGCCAACGGAAUCUCAACGCCGUCGUAUGGCUAUGAAGACAACACAAACAGGGAUCUAGUCUUUGAUCAAAAAAAAAACAGGGAUCUAGUCUAUGUACCUAGAAUAAUUUAUAACCCUAAAAGAGUUUAUUGGUUUUUUUUGUUUUGAAGUUUUGGUUGACGCAAUGAACGUUUCCGAUGUGUUGGAUUAAGUUAUUUAAGAUAUAAAAUCUUAGUGGGGGCGGGAUUAAUACGCUAAUUAUAUGUACACCAAACUAAACGAAUAAAACGUUGUAAAAAAGAAAAGCAGAUAGUAAGCCUCUUUUCAGAAAAAAAAAAGCAGAUACAUAGACUUUUCCACAGAGAAUAUUAUUGGUUUCCGGAGUUUGUUGGCU